UAAUAGGAAAAUGAAAAUAUCGAUGCGGGUUGGAAGAAAAGAAAGAACAUUCAGAAAGAUAAACGGCGCUAGCUAGGUUAUUAAUUUUUACCGGCAACCGAAAUCAAAAGAUGGUUGUGGAGAAUCGAUGGAGCUCGAAGGCGAAGAUGGUUCCAAAUUCGCUCUGCAAUGUGGCGUCAAAACAUUGUUCGGACGAGGUUCUGGUUUCAACACAGACGACCGCACUGUUUCUCGCCGUCACGUUUCGUUCCAACUCAACGAUUCGGUAUCAGAAUCUCCUACUAGGGUUUCGUUUCAAGUCAUAGGAACAAACCCCAUUUGGGUUUGGAAUAGCAAUGAAGGAACGAUUAAACUGUUCAACAAGUUCGAUAAAGGUCACUUGGAACUCGGUGACCGUUUUUGCUUGUCUGGGAAUAAACCCUUUUGGUUCAAUCUCAACAAGGUUCAAGUUUCUGAACCUGAAACUUCCCAGAGUCAGAUUAACUUCGACCAACUUGAUGUUUCACAAUUUGAUCCCGUUAAAGAGUUUGGUUUUCUUGUGAUGAGACACGAGUUUGACCAGUAUCCAAAGGGAAUGAUCCGGAAUGUGGAGAAUUGGGAGUGGUUCCUUGAGGAGCCUAGCAAAGAAAGCGAGGAUGAUGAUGAUUUUGAUGAGACGAGGAAAAAUAAGGGAAAGCGAAAAGUAUUUAAAGACAACGAGGAUGACAACUGGACUGGUGAUAGUGAAGAUGAUAAGGACCUUGUAGCUAAGACGGGGAAAGGUAAGAAACUUGGGUACUCCACACGGUCUAGAGCCAACAGAGAACCUAGUAGAGAUGUCAAAGUUGGUAGAAAUUCUAAAAGAAAGAAAACAGCUAGUGUUGAUGAAACUGUUGAAGAAGAAGAGGAAGAAGAAGAUGAUGAUGAGACGCUAGGAGGCUUCAUUGUUACUGAUGAAGGCGAGGAGGAGGAGCAAAACAAUGACGAUGACGAGGAGGAAGAAGAGGAGGAGUUUGAAGAAGAAGAAGAUGAUGAAGAUGUCGUGGCGGGUUAAAAUCAAGGGGAAAAAUAUAGACAUUCUUCUAGACUAGAUACCAAGUGUUGUGGCCUUCUGAUGUUAAUAUUUGAAUGAAUUUGUAUUGUAUGUCUAGGACUAUGUUCAAUGUAUGAAAUUGGUUAUGUUUUAGUCCAAUGUAUGAAAUUGGUUAUAUCCAACUUAAGAGUUAACUAUUUCAGGCCAAAAAA